ACUUGCCCUCCUUCAGCGCUGGCUUUAUUGUCACUACCUUCGGCAGAUACACGUCAUCACAUAUCAUUGGACGAACCAGGAAACUCACAGAAUCCCUGCGUAUUACAGACUCAUGGAAGACGUUGGAGCUACCGAGAACUUCGCAGACCGCGAUUUGAAUCUUACCAUUGAGGAGCGUCUACAUCUUGAAACCAGCAUAUCAGAUUCAACGUCUACGAGCGAUGCAAAAGACAAUGCAAAAGAUACGCGAAUCGAAGACAAAGUUCAAAUGAUCACCCAGGGAAGUCCAGCCGUGCCUUAUCUGACUUUCACAGUGCCGCCUGGCCGCGUCGCAAAAUUUACCUGCCAAAUAUGGUCCCACGAUCAAGGGUGGAGCGAUGACCGGAUGAAUCACGGCACUUACAAUGGUUCUUACACGUGGUUUGAAAUGAGAUACGAAGGUACUGCGAGAGAGCUAGCACCAUUUGUCAUCCAGAGAAACGUCCAUGCCUCCCGCAUCGCAAAGCAUCAUACCAUUACAUGGGAUACGGAUCAAAAGAAUAUUACCGAAGCCAGCAUUUUUAUGAGCACACUGCGAGCGAGUGAUCAAGUUGGUAUAUACCCAAUGGCAAGAUUUCAGGGUUGGAUGAACUACGUAUACGCAAUGACAGUAGACCUGGAAACCAAGGACGAUAAUGGUCGGACACGUCGGAUUCGGAUGCAUAGAGGAAGAUUGCAGGAGGUCAAUAGGGUAAUUGAACUUCCCGAAUCGACAAGCAAUCGCAACAAAGCAGUCGUCAUGGAUGCAGCUUCAACUACUCCAGAUCGUUCAAUUCGACCCGAAUUUCAGAAUGAUGUAAGCAUUUAUCUCGACAUGCUCACGUACCUCACAAAGUCAAUGAACGCCUUCGAAGAUGCAUUCAAACCACCACCAGGAGCAGCGCACAUAGAACCAGCAACAAGCUUUGUGGAAACUGUCGAGAAACUGGAACAAGCUUUGCUUGUGUUUGGACAGUUGAAGACAUUAGCCUCUCGUAUCGACGACACACCCAAGGAUUUUCCGGCAUUAGCGGACGUCAAAAAAGUGACCAGCGAUUUGAACAAAGCUGUGAACCAGGUCUCUGAUCUUCGGUUCCCAGGGCGAGAAAGGAUAGCCGGCCUCCUUGCUGUGAUUCAACUCAUUCGAAGACAUAUGUCGGCGAAAGCAACAGCCUUAGCGGCCACAUAUCAGAAGAAAUAUGAUGUAACGGGGGCAAUGCCUGAUCUUGAAUUGGAUAUCGAAAUUCUUCGACAGGCCAAAUCGAUGAUGAUGCCGGAAUGUCUGUCAGAGACUCUGCUUAGUCUCGGAGGGUCUCUCGGCGAGAGAUACAGAAGGAUUGGAGCAAGAGCUGACCUCGAAGAGGCUAUAGUCGUUUCCGAACAAGCCGUGGAAACGCACUCGGACUACAAUCCUAGGUUCUUUGCGUUGAACAAUCUCGGAGAACUUCUUGGCCAGAGAUACUCCAGGAUAGGAAACGAGCAUGACCUCCAGAGAUCGAUCGAGAUUAUUCAAGAAGCUAUUCUUUUGAUCCCAGAGGACCAUGAGGUUUGGGUGUGGUCUUUGAACAGUCUUGCAGAUCGGCUGGGCGAGGGAUAUGAUAAGACCGGGGAUAUGCAUUACCUUGACGCAGCUAUUCCAGUUCAUCGGAAAGCCGUCAAUGCAGUCUCUAAAGAUCAUAAGAGACGCCAGGUACUACUUAAUGGUCUUGCAGUUGCUUUGAGCAAAAGAUGGCGGAGGACCGGAACUACCGCCGACAGCGACGAAGCUUUUCAACUUUUUCGAGAAUCAAUCAAUGCGACUCCGGAUGGACAUCAAUCUCAUCGGGCGGGAUUGUUGAACAACCUAGGAAACCAACUCAGCCUUCGGUACCAGAGAGACGGAACUUCUGAUCAUCUCAAAGAGGCUAUUCAAUGUCACCAAUCAAAUUUGACAUCCAGUGAGGCCUCAAUAAUCACGCGUAUAGCUGCUGGUGUGCGGUUGCUUGAGCUACAUGCCUGUGUUUCAGAUUGGAAAAACGGCCUUAAAGAUGCAACCAUCGCCAUUGAGCUUGCGUCGAAGUUAGUGGCAAGAUCCCUGGAAAACUCAGACAAACAGCACAGACUAAGACAAAUCGCCGGGUUGGCCUGCAAUGCGUCUGCAGCAGCUUUUGAAUUAGAGGAAAAGCCGCUCGUCGCCCUGAAUUUGCUUGAGCAGGGCCGGGGCGUCUUAGCGGCAUCACUUGACGAAAUGAGGAUAGACCUACUUGGUCUUGAAAAAGAGCAUCCAGAAUUGGCGAAAAAGUUUACUCAACUACGAGAUGAACUACAGCCGCCUAAUAUACAAGGCCGUAUCUCUUCACGCGAGAGCUACACGACUCUGGAUUUGAAAACAGACCGUCGCUAUAUCGCAGCGAACGAACUUGAUAAGCUAAUUGCCACCAUUCGGCAACUGCAUGGCUUUGGCGAUUUCUUGCGACAUCCAAGUGAAGAAGAUAUGCUGGAAGCGGGCAAACAUGGUCCGAUCGUUGUCGUCAACGCUAGUAGAUACCGUUGUGAUGCAAUCCUUAUCGAUGAACAUCAGAUACGGUCUAUCAAGCUGUCCAAACUCACUCACCGGGACAUAAAAGAGAAAACCAAUCACCAGGACCUGCGUAGUGCGGCAGUUCUGAAAUGGUUAUGGGAUACUGUAGCAUUCCCCGUGCUGGAAGAAUUGGGAUUCAUGGAAUCUCCGCCUGCCGACAUAUGGCCGCAUAUAUGGUGGGUUCCUACAGGACCACUGAGCAAAUUCCCCAUUCACGCGGCUGGAUAUCAUAGUCAUGGCUCAAAUCAUACAGUUCUCGAUAGGGCCAUGUCGUCAUACAGCUCAUCUGUUCAAGCGAUCGUACACGGACGCCGACGUGGAGAUUCACACCAUGCUUCAAAGACCUCCAGCCAAGCGCUUCUUGUUGGCCUUCGGGACACUCCCAACUAUGGAAGACUGGACUAUGCUCCAAAGGAAAUAGAAGUUGUCCACAAGUUGCUCAAGUCAUCCGAACUACAAUCUUCUCAGCCCAAUCCAUGCAAGGAAGAUGUCGUUUCGCGAUUGAAGACAUGCAAAAUCUUUCACUUCGCUGGCCACGGCUAUACCGACGACGAUGAUCCCUCUCGAAGCGCGUUGGUUCUAGAAGAUCACGUGGUCUCCCCCUUGACGGUUGCAGACUUGCUAGACUUGAACUUCCGUGAUCAAGGUCCGUUCCUCGCAUAUCUUUCGGCGUGUGGGACUGGGGAGAUGAGGAACGAACGAUUCUUCGAUGAAAGCAUUCACCUGAUCAGUGCGUAUCAGAUAGCGGGGUUCAAACAUGUCAUUGGGACCCUUUGGGAUGUUCACGAUGAAAGCUGUGUGAUGAUGGCGAAGACUUUCUACGAAGAGAUGAUGCUAGGGGGUAUGACUGACAGUUCAGUGUCUUUAGGUCUGCAUAAAGCCACCAGGAAACUUCGAGACAUCUGGUUAGGCAAAGCGCCUGAAGUCAACAGCGAAGAGGAAGAUCUCGUAGAAGCAAUCGUAAACAAGAAAGCAAAACGUGGAUUUCGGAUUCAGAGAUUGCCUGUUGUUUCCGAUUCGGAUGAAGAGGAAGAUGAAGUUGCGCCAUUACAUUGGGUACCCUACGUUCAUUUUGGCGUUUGA